AUCCAAUUUCCAAGAAUGAACCAGAAGAAUGCUGUAAUCGACCUCCACACUUAAAACAUCCGUACUGUAACGAAAUUCCUGUUCCUGACGAUGAUUACUUCUAYAGUAAAUUCAAUGUGAAAUGUAUCGAUUUUGUAAGAGCUUUUCCAUCUGUAAGACCAGGAUGUCGCUUAGGUUCAAGAGUACCAUUUAACACGCUGACAGGUGUAAUUGAUGCAAAUACGGUUUACAGCGUAACUGAAGAUUAUGCCAGACAUUUAAGAACUGGUUAUGCUGGUUUACUUCGCAUGAACCCAGCAUUUAUCGAUCAAGGAUUAAAAGAUUUGUUGCCUUUGAGACUUAAAGACCCCGAUGAAGGAUGUACUAGAGUGAACCGUUCACAAUAUUGUUUUGAUGCCGGAGAAGUUCGAGUAAAUGAACAACUCGUACUUGCUACUAUGCAUACUAUAUGGGCAAGAGAACAUAAUAGAAUAGCGAAAGAAUUAGGUAAAAUAAAUCCGCAUUGGGAUGACGAAACUCUUUUCCAAGAAGCAAGACGGAUCGUUAUAGCAGAAAUCCAGCACGUAACUUACAACGAG